AUGGCAUCUGCCACGCCUCCUAUUCUGAUGGACAGGGUUGAGAUUCAACCGAGUCGUUGGCUGAAUUGGUGCGGCCUCAAUUUCUGUCGUCCGUCAGAGGAACUGACAGUGCCCGAUUUGAAGGGAUGUCUCAGGGUCAUGAUUCUCCUGCCGCACGAAAACCUCUUCGCUUGCUUCGAGGCGAGAUCACAUACGAAGCUGCAAAGGAAGAAGAUGCCCAUAUCCUCCACCGGCUGGGCUAUUGGGAUUAAGGGACUCAAUUUUUGCCCACUUGUACUGGAGUCGCGGACUGAUCGGACAAUUGCGGCCCACCAUCUCGGUCUCGCUUCUGCAGACAUCUACCAUGUUGAUGAUGUGGAGGACUGGACACAUGCGGAGGCUUCACUGUUUGUAUUCGAAUUGAUGUUGGUGACCAAGGACAAGAUGCUUGGAGACAGUUGA